AUGACCAAUGAUAAUCCUGUUGUUACAUCUUCUUUUUCCUCCACUGCACCUCGUACUGUGUUUCAUGAGGAUGACUUUACACAUCCGUGUCAUCCACUGUAUGUGCACCCAUCAGAUGUACUGGGAACCUCUUUGGUUUCUAGUCCGUUUGAUGGAACCUGCUAUGGCAGCUGGAGGAGAAACAUCUUAGUUGCUCUCUCCAUUCGUAAUAAACUUGAUUUUAUCAAUGGUACCUCCACAAAGCCACCUCCUGGCUCUCCUCUGGCACGCCAAUGGCAAAGAUGUAGUGAUCUUGUGGUUUCAUGGUUGGUUAAUGCUAUGUCAAAAGAAAUAUCUCGUAGCGCAGAGUAUUCUGAGUAUGAUAAGGAUAUUUGGUGUAAAUUAGAGGAGAGAUAUGUUGUUGAGGAUGAAGAGCAGAAGGUUUAUCAGUUCCUUAUGGGACUGAAUGAUACCUACAUGAGAACUCGCAGCAACAUUCUAAUGAUGAAACCACUUCCAUCUGUUGGAAAUGUGUACAACAUCUUAUUAUCUGAUGAGAAACAGAGGCAGGUGUCUUCUGCCUCUCAAUUCUCCACACAAUCUGCUUCUUUCAAUUUGCAUGGAUAUCCUCCCAAUUUCAAGUUCAACAAAAGGCCUCCUCCUCGCAGAACUGCUGCACAUGUUGAGCUUGAAUCCUCUGGUGGUUCCUCUGUGCCUGGUGGUUCUGAUGGUCCAGUUGAGCAUGAGGAGUCAUCUGUGAUACCUGGCCUUACCAAGGAUCAAUACUCCCAGCUGAUGAUCUUAUUACAACAAUCCCAAAUCUCUGCUUCCCCACAUUCUCCACCUCUGUUGGCUUCUGCCAAUUUUGCUGGUAAGCUCAUGCCUUAUGAGGGUGUUUCUUAUGGAGCUUGCAUGUUGUCUAGUGUGAAUGGCAUUGUUUGGAUAAUAGACUCUGGAGCUACUGAUCAUAUAAGUUCCAUCAGGAGUUUGCUUUUUGACAUAAUUACUCUUCCUGUUCCCUACCUCGUCUCUCUCCCUAAUGGGUACAAAGUAAAGGUUACCAAUGUUGGUUCUUUAGCUUUAUUACCUAAUCUAAUCCUUCAUAAUGUUCUUUACAUCCCUAGUUUCAAGCAUAAUCUCAUAUCUAUCCAGAAACUUUUGUCUCAUUGUGAUGAUGUUGUACGGUUUACCAAGUCUGCUUGCACUUUCCAGGGCCCUUCAGUGAGGAAGCCAGUGGUGCUUGGUAGACUGGACAAUGGACUUUACAAGUUGUUUCAGCAUAUAACUUCUCCUGUUAAGUCUGUUAAUGUCAAUUCUUGUUCUUCUGUUGUUUCUUUUUCACCUGUAGUGUCUAGUAAUGCUGUUGUUGACAAUUCAUCUGUAAAUACCAUGGUUGAUUCAAAUAAAGUGAAUAAAUCUGAUGUUGUUUGGCAUUAUAGACUUGGACACAUUCCUUUUUCCAAAAUGAAACUUAUUUCUGGUCUUGCUAAUGGAUUGUCUUCCAAGCAGUCUUUCACAUAUACUUGGGGUCCUUACUCCACUUCUACUCACUCUGGUUCCAAGUACUUUCAUACAAUAGUAGAUGACUAUACUAGGGCUACCUGGACACAUCUGAUGGGGGCAAAGAGUAAUGCUUUUGAUUUGUUAAAGGCUUUUAUUUCUAUGGUUGAAACACAGUUUCAACUAGAGUUCAGACUGUGA